AGAGAGGGGGACACAGAGAGAGAGAGGACAACCCAAACACGGACGGGUUAGCAGACAACUAUCAAACAACGACGGCCUGACAGCCAUUUAAUCAACUAUUUACUCAGCGGUUUGAGAAAAAAAAAUGUGACCGAGUGAGAAGACCACCUUGCGGAGGACUGUCGGAAGCGUAUGACAACUUCGGUUGUUGUGAGAGGGGCACCAUGGCAUAUCAGUCGAGUGCAGACAGGAACCUCCUUCGCCUCCGUGCAUGGAAACAGAGGAACCAAGAAACAAGCCAAGCCAACACUGAGAAUGUGCCACUCUUUGGGGUACCAUACAAGACAAACAAAGGGGACGAGCUUUCCAAUCGAAUCCAGAGGAUGCUCGGCAGCUAUGAAGAUGUGAAUAAUCCAUAUCCCUUUGCUAUGGAGGCUUUACCCAUUCCUACUUGUUUAACCUUCUUACAGUCAGAUCAGGGUCUGCCCAACCCUGAUAAACCAGCCAAGCCUCCAUUCCACAAUCAAAUCCAUUACACGUCCUCCCAAAGUCAGAAAGCCCCAUCUAGCAACAGUUACUCCUCUCAGCCCACGAGGACGUCCGCUGCCUCUUCUUCCCCGAACCACCACGGACAUUCAUCCACUUUCUCAAAUGCUCCUCUGAACCACAGUCGGCUCAGCCUCUCGGCACAUCAACAACAGAGGAGCGAGGCCCACUCUGAUCUCAGGGAGUGUGUCGGCCUUUCCCACGAAAUGUCUUCUCAGUCUCCCGACGCUAAGCCGCUACCCUUCCCACAUUCCAGUGACCACGAUAACAAGGACACUAAAGACAUGGAUGCGUCCACUUUUAACCUAAAGCAGUCCCCCAGCGAUGCGUCUCUGCUCCAAGCAAACAAGGGUAACACGCUACCUUCCCAGACCUUCCCUUCUCUCCUGUCGUCAAAGCAGCCCAGCGUAGUCAUGACCCAGAAGCCGACGGCGUACGUGCGGCCCAUGGACGGUCAGGACCAGGUGGUCAGCGAGUCACCGGAGCUGAAGUCUUCACCGGAGCCAUAUGUACCUAUACCGGAGCUAAUCAACAAAUCUGAUCCGGGCAAAACCAAGAUGCUGCCACAAUUUCUGGAGACGAGGUCAAAUGAAGUUCUGUGUGUCAAAGACAUCUUGAGGGAAAUGACCCACUCGUGGCCCCCUCUCCUGACAGCUAUACAGACACCGAGCACAGAGGAGCCCUCCAAGUCCCUGUUCCAAGCCAAGGAAGCGGAGCUUGUCUCUUCAUGUCCAGGACAAAAAAACUGUGAGUCCUCUCCUGCAGAUCCAUCCCAGCUCGUCCAGCAGAGCCCCUCAGCUUCAUUUAAAGCUGCACAUUCCAGAGGGGUAGAGUCCGCCAGCUCCAGCGAUUCCGAGAGUAGCUCAAGAUCAGAGUCGGAGAGUGAAGGCGCCAUCGAGGAGCCGCCUCAACUCCCCGUGAGCAGCUCCAACAUCACAACCGAGCCUGAUGCUCCUGCAGUGGCCCAUGGUGAUUGGCAGUUGGGGAACUGGAUUCGGUCCAGCCAGCAGAACUCCGGCCCUGAGAGUCAAAGCAGUGCACAUGCCUCUGAGAGCCCCGCUCACAAACAGCCACCGCCCACUCAAAGCUCCAAGCUCUCACUCAGUGUAGAGGUCGUCGACCCCACCAGGGAGUCCAAACCUCAGCUUUCAACCCACCAGAGAGAGUUCACUGAUAGACUUGCAAAGCUCCAGCAGCACAGCGAAAUCCCUCAGGACAACUAUAACCAUCAAAGUAGCCAAAAAUCCCCCGUCGUUGAGUUGAACAGCUGUAGCAGUUCCAGGAAACCUUCACUCAACAAACGCUCCUCAAUACCAGAGAAGGCACGUUGCCCAGAUCGCACUGAGGCAGCUAUCGGUGUGAAGUGUGAGGAAGUUGUCGCCACGCAAGACAAAGAUCCCUGUUUCACAGAUAGACCCAAGGUAAAGACGAAAACAGGACGUAGCAAGAAAAGCAAGGGUAACGGUGACACUAAAAGAGACAUUAAAAGGACUUCUAAACGCACGUCACUUGACAAACGGAAGGCUGGAGAAGAGCCUGAUGUCGCAGUUGUCCCGUGUGGUCAUUGUCCAUCAUGUGGUGUGCAAUAUCCUGUCCCCUGCUCCUGCCCCACCCAAAGUCCUGCUCAGCCUGACCAGCUGUUGCCAGCUCGACUACUUGGAAUCAGUAGUAGCAAACAAAAGUCUGAGACCAUCUGCCAGAGGGGGACCAAGAUUCCUCACAAAACAACCCACAAGAACUCGGGGAGGACUGGACAGAUAGCCAAGAGUUCUCGGGAGCCCCACAGGCCUUCUAGACACCUGCUGGUGAAGAUUGAUCUAAGACUGCUCUCAAGAGUCCCCCCGACCCCGGGAAACCACCAGGACAUACCCAGCAUUGCAAAGAGAUCAGCACUGGUCAUAGAGCAAGAUGGAGGGGGCAGGGAUGCUUCUACUACACACAAACUCGCCAAAACCAGCACAAAGAGUAUAUCUCAAAAUGUCGAGGUAGACAAUGCAACUCUUCCCAGGAAGAAACAGAGGCUGGAAAACAAGAAUACCUCAUCAAAUCAUGCUUCUGUCAAACUGGAACGUUCCUGCAAUUCAAAAGAUGACAGAGAGCGAAAGAAGGCAAAGAAAAACCCUGUUCCUUUGCAGCAGCCUCUGACACCCAAAGACCCUGCUAAAGGCCCAAAGGUGCACAAACGCAGCUCUGGGGAAUCCCAGGAGUCCAGUAAGGAGGCUGUGAAGAGCAAAGACUUGACCACAAAGCACAAGAAGAGCAGUGGAAAGCACACAGAACACCCACACCUUGGAAAGAAGCCACCAAAGAGCAGCCUCGACGUCUCGUCCUCUUCACAGCCCCCCAGGAAAGCUUUGACCAGCAGGCCCUUGUUCAGAUUAGAGGAAAGGCAGUACCCAGUGAAGCAUUACAUAAAAGAGGCCAAAAAACUGAAGCACAAAGCCGAUGCAGAGUCGGAUAAGCUCAGUAAAGCUUUCAAUUACUUGGAUGCGGCCAUGUACUUCGUUGAAAGUGGCAUUGCCAUGGAAAAAGAUCCACACAUUUCAAUGUCUUCCUACACUAUGUUUGCAGAGACAGUGGAACUGCUCAAGUUUGUACUGAAACUUAAAAAUUCAGUGGACGCCUCUGCUUCACCCUCAGAAAAGGACUUUUUAUCUUUGUGUCUGAAGUGCCAGUCUCUGCUGCAGAUGGCCAUGUUUCGCCACAAACAAAAAACUGCAAUCAAGUAUUCAAAGACGCUCACAGACCACUUCAGUAACUCAACAACUCCCGAUCCAUCUGUAGUAACAUUAAAAGUGACAGACACACCGUCCUACACCCCCAACAUGCCGUCUCCAGCCAACACCUCCACCAGCUCAGGUCCCGGCUCCAACCACAGUGUCAGCGGGUUGGUUGUGGACCCUGUCGGCAGCUCUGUGGUCAUUCCCCAGGCCAUCGGACGAGUGGCAUUCAGCUACGUCAACAUCACUAUGUUAUUCUUGAGCGCUCAUGACAUCUGGGAGCAGGCGGAGGAGCUGGCACAAAGAGGCAGCGGUAUGCUGACAGAGCUGGACACACUUAUGGGCCCAUUGAGCCUUGCGUCAAGUAUGAGCUCUGUGGUCGGUUAUACGAGACAGGGCGUCCACUGGCUGAGGCUGGACAGCCAAAAGGUGAAGUGACCAUCAACCUGCUCCCGUCACUGAAUACCUGCGAACCCUUCAGGCCGCCUCGCUGUACCUUUACUUCACCUCUGUGUGUUAUGCUCCCAUACUGACCUGGACUGUCCCUCAGGCUUGUGCCAGUUUUCUCUACUUCACAUGAACUCAUCUCAUCGAG